GCCACCACAGAUUGCAAGUCGAGUCCUGAGGAAACGCCGUGGGAACCGAAGCCAGAGGGGAGGGCUUUCUGUUUCGUUCCCUCAGGCGCGCUCUCUCGCCUCGUCGCUGCGAGGAAGGAGAAGAGGAGCCGUUCGCUGCCAAUGUGCCUCUGCCUUGGGAGGACACAACUUCCUGCUUAGCAGUGGGAGCCAAGGGAGCACCCGCCGGCAUGAUUCUCUCGGGGGGCCGCUGGCUUCUGUUCUUUUUCCUCACUGACACACAGUUAUCCCUCCAAAUCACCCCACCCUGUAGCAACGAGCAAUAUUAUGAAUAUUUGGGGCGAUGCUGCAUGAAAUGUGAGCCAGGAACAUACAUGUCAGCCAAAUGUUCCGGCAGUUCAGAGACUAUAUGCCAGCCCUGCAGUUCCAAUGAGUAUAUGGACAUCUGGAAUGAAGAAGAAAAAUGCUUGCUUCACAAAAUAUGUGAUCGUGGGAAAGCUUUAAUAGAAGUGCAUCCAGGAAACAGCACAUUUCACCGACAAUGUGCUUGCAUUGCUGGCUACCACUGGAACGAAGACUGUGAUUGCUGUCGGCGAAACACAAAAUGCCCUCCGGGUUUUGGAGUGAAGUAUCCCAUACAAGAGAACAAGGAUGCAAAAUGCCAACCGUGUCCCACGGGGUCCUUUUCUAAUGUCUCUUCCUCCACGGAUGAAUGCAGAUCCUGGACUAACUGCACAGCACUUGGAACUGAGGAAAAAAUUCCUGGCAGCGAUAGGUCUGAUGCGGUGUGUGAGAAACUUCUGAAGAUCAUGGCUUCACAAGAUGAAACAAACCAAUUAUUUUAUAUGUUGGUUGCUCCACUCCUUGUUGCCCUAGUUGGUAUUGCUGUCCUUGCUGUAUACUAUCGAAAUAAGGGGAAAGUAUUGACAGCAGAUCUGCAAUACUGGGCGAAUGAAAUCUGCAUGCAGAUAAAAGGGACAAAGGAGCCCCCCAUAGAAACAUUUGUAAACACAAAUGUGGCGAGUUCUUCAGGUCUUCUGCUUUUUGAAGGAACUUAUCAGCUGAACCUUGAACAACAUUCGUUUUCUGGCAACCUGUGUUUCCCAAUGGAUCCCAUUGUGUGCGAUCAAGCUGAUACUGACACAAUUCACUAUGAAUCAGGAGAGGACUUCCCAAUGCUGUCACUUGGGGAUGAGAGAGAAGACAACCACUUUCAGCAGAUUCCCACAGAGGAUGAGUAUUUGGAUAGAAUCCCCCAAAGCCGUUGCUACCUACCUUUACUAAGCCAGCCUGACAGCACAGCUGCCUCGCCAUUCUCUGAGCCACUGGAAGUGGGGGAGAACGACAGCUUAAGUCAGUGCUUUGUAGGAACUGAAAGCCUGGCGGAAUUAUCGAACUGUUGCUGCUCCAGCCUUUCAUGUAGAACUGACUCUCCUCAGUUCUGCACUGACAAAUGUCCACAGAGUUCUUGUCAUCACUGCAACUGUAACAACAUAGGGGAUACAGAGAGUGGAGGUACAAGUGGCUCCUUGCUGAUUCCUGAAGUGACAAAUAGCUGCCCUGCCUGUGGAGUAUCUCCUAGAGAAUCUCCCAGAAAACCCAGCAGUACCGCAGAUUCUUUAAAAGAGAAUGGACCUUCCCCACAGUGCACUUGUGCCUUGGACUCUGCCUCUGUGGAUCAGAAUGCUCCAGCGAGCAGUCCUAGAGCCCGAAGCGAGCCACCGGAUGGAACUGAUGCAAAGCACCAGAAUGCAAAAAGAAACAAUGCCGGAUCAAACUGCAGCACUUCAGAUCUUCCAGCAGCGUCUGGAAAUGUGACUGGAAACAGUAACUCUACAUUCAUCUCAAGCGGACAAGUCAUGAAUUUUAAAGGUGACAUAAUUGUUGUCUAUGUUAGUCAGAACUCCCAAGAGGGUUCAACGUCUCCUGGGGCAACUGAGGGCAACCUGGGCAGUCCCGUGCAAGAGGAAAACCUGAACCGUUGCGAGACGUUUGCAGGCAACAUUCACCAGUACAAGGAGAAAUGUGCGGAGAUGGAUUCCUGUCACAGUACUGAAAGCGAAGGAGAAACCAGCUCUGUGGGAGGGUACAAGAAAACUUCAGGGCUGGUAGUUCAAGAAGAAAAUCAAGACUGUCCAAACACAAAACACUUUGGAAAUGAAGCCUCCCCACCUGUACAAGAGGAGGGGAAACCAAAACUCUUUCUAGAAAAAGUAUUGCCUUGAUGAAAAUGCCGGGUUGCUGAUUUCUAGCAAUGAGAUACGGAGCACUUAUUUUUGAAGGUGUUCUGGAGACAUCCUUUGGAUUGCACUAAAUAACUCCAGACUUCUAUUCACUGUUAAGGAGUCAGAUGGUGGUAUAUGAAGCCGCCUUGUACUGAGUCAGUCUGCUUGUAGAUCGCGCUCAGUAUUGUCAGCUGCUCUUCAGGAUCUCAGAGAAAAAUAUUUCCCAACACCUGCAAGCAGAGAUCUUUUAACUGGAAAGGCGAGGAUCUGAACUUGGAACUCUCUGCAUGCACUGAGAUUUAUCUCUCUCACAGAUUGCUGUGAGUGACAGCCAGGACUGUUUGCUCUUUGUGGAGAUUCUCUGAAGCUCUGUAGGAAACGACAGGGUGCUGUCGGAUGCUUCAGCACUGGGCGGCACAUCUCCUCACAACUAUCAGGGAACAAACUGAAUAUUUGGAACUUUGGGCAAAAGAUACAUUGCUAGUAUUGCACAGGUACCAAAAACAGAGGGCUACACUCCUAUGCAUCUUUUACAAGCUGCUAAAAACUCCAGUCAUCAAACUUGCCUUUUGUUAUAAUGGUGGAUUUUGGCUAUGCACAAACAUAACAUGAAACCACAGUUGUUGCAAAGCCUGCUGUAUAACAAGCCAACCUUGGGCAGUCACCUAAGUUAACAAAUUUUGUCUUGCCCACCUGCUCCUCACCCCAAGGGCUGCAUGUGGUACUCCUCCUUGCUUUCCUUACUCUCUUAAAGCAGUGCAGCGAGCCACACAUUCCAGUUUCCAGACUCUUAUGUGAGUCCUUCACGUCACAGAAUUUCAGCCACCAUUUCUGGGUGCCCAUUGCCAGCACAAGCAAAAUGGUAACCCAGAUCUUGCAGAAGAAAUGUCGAGAACAUUCUGGAAGCUCUAGAGGGUAUGAAUGUCUUGCUGCACUGCUUUGAAGAGAGAAGGGACAGCAAAGAGGUGCUGAAGUUUAUUUCUUCUGACUUCUAGAUGAGGACAGUGACAUAGGCUGUGGGGCGGGGGGGGGGUAUUGGUGGUGGAGGUUCCUGCCAUCUCAGGCAUCAAGAUACCUCCAGCUGCUGCUGCUAUUGAGGAGUUGUUUUCUUUGAGCAUUCGGCCUUUCUUAGGUAAAAGAUAGAUCACCAGGAGUUCCAACACAGAUUCAGUUGUCACUCUUGACCUUUCCCCAUGUUUCAGGUGGGCAUCCAAAAUGCCACAAAAGUAUGAUAUUGGUUCCUUUAAAUGAUAAUUCAGUACCAUCUUUGGUUUUUUAAAAGCAAAAUUGUUUUAAAAGAAUUACAAAAUCUCUUGUGGGAUGGGGAUAAAUAUGUUUGUGACUGCACAGAUGCCAACCAGUCAGUGCUGAACUCGGCUGGCUCCUACUGCCAAUAAACAGAACUGGUUUUCUGAGACUUUGACCCAGAGAGAUAUCAGUUCAUUGACCAGACCAUGUUAACUGAACUUCAAAUAACAUUUGUUGGCAUGCCGCCUGUGUAAACCAACAGUGGAAACAGGAAGUGUAAACUUAGCACAUGGGGUGAGAUGCCAGAAAUCAGAUCAUCGUUUACAGGAUGAAAGUUGCCUGUGAGUGAUAAGCAGUAUCUUUUCUCAAAUCAUUCGGAGCCAAAAUAUACAAUAUGAAAUCCAUGUGUUAGGACAUGGGAUCCCAGGCUAACUCACUGUCACACAUUCAAGUGGGGACGUACCUUUAAAAAGCUCUCCAUUUUUCUGCUUGGGUGCAAAUGGGGCAUGGGGAAGGAGAGGCUUUAUGCUUUCGUCGUGUGGCAUUUUUGCCACUGGAAACGGUGCCAGAGGGACCCUUUUUGCCCCUUCCUCUGGCUUCAUGUGCCUCGUGAUAGACACGUGUGCCAGAGGAAAGGGCAAACAGCCUCCUCCCUGCGGUGCCGUUUCAGGUGGUGAAAAAUACUGUGAGAAGGAAGCCCAGAGCUCCUCCCUCUGCUACACCCUGUUUGCAGCUGAACCAAGAACUUUUUAAAGGUGAGUCUGUACUUGAACAUAUAUCUGUGAGUUGGGUUGGGAACCUGACAUGGAUUUCAUAUUGUGUAUUUUGGCCCUCAGGCACCAACUUUUGAGAGCGGCAGUUGAAGAGGUGCUGAAGUACCCAAGUUCUGUGUUAAGUCAGGAAGGCGGAGCCAGAUGUCCUUCAGAUGCUGCCCUAAUUCUCACCGAAGUAGUAAGCCUGUCCCUCCUGUGAAGGAGCUCACAUGGACUGGAUGAUUCUCUAUUCAAAAUCAUGCCCUCCUCAUAGAAAACUGUAACCAGUUUUCUCUCUUGCCUUGUUUGGUUUUUGUGUACAGGGUGUGUUUACAUGUAAGCAGGGCUUUUUUUCAGCAGGAACGCAGUGGAACGGAGUUCUG